CUAAUGGCCCAGACGCCAACAUCGAAUUCUCAGUCUCUCACUCCCGCCAAACGACGCACCACCCGCCAUGGCGCCACCGCCUGGUGCGGUGCAGUUGCAGCUGCUUCUUGCCCUCUUGCUCGUCGCCGCCGUCUCAGCGUCGGCUGCGGCAUUCUCAAAAGAGGCGCUUCCGACCAGCUCCGGCUACCUCCCCGUCGACACGUCCACCAACGCCUCGCUCUUCUUCGCUUUCUACGAGGCCAGUGCCCCCCUCGCCGCGCCGGCCGACACGCCGUUGCUCCUCUGGCUCGAGGGCGGCCCCGGCUGCUCCGGGCAGCUCAGCAACUUCCUCCAGCUCGGCCCCUACUCCCUCCGCCGCCGAACCAGCAACCACACCGCCGUCUCGCUCUCACGCAACCCCUUCGCGUGGAACCGCCGCUUCGGGCUGCUCUUCCUCGACAGCCCGCUGGGCACCGGCUUCAGCGCCGCGCCGUCCACCGCAGACAUCCCGCGGACCCAGCCCGCCAUCGCCGAACACGUCCUCGCCGCGCUGCAGUCCUUCUUCGACGCCAGCCCGGCACACUUCCGCGCUCGGCCCUUCUUCUUGGCCGGCGAGAGCUACGCGGGCAAGUACGUCCCCGCGGUAGCGUCGCGCAUCCUCGCCGCGAACACGGAGCUGCCGACGCACAGGAGGAUCGGCCUCCGCGGCGUGGCCAUCGGGAACGGGCUGGUGCACCCGGUCACGCAGGUCGCCACGUAUGCCGACACGGCCUACUUCAUGGGGCUCAUCAACGGGCGUCAGCGGCGGGAGCUGGAGGUACUGCAGGCCGAGGCGGCGGCGCUUGCUACGGCGGGGCGGUGGGGCGAGGCGACGGAUGCGCGCGCGGACGUGCUGGCGCGGCUGCAGGAGGCCACGGGCCUCGCCACGCUCUUCGACGUGGUCACCCAGCGGUGGCUGGACGCCGACGCGCUAGGCGAGUUCGUGAACCGGGCCGGCGUCAAGGCGGCGCUGGGCGCGCGGGGCGACGUCGCGUGGGAGGCCUGCGCGGCGGCGGUGGUCACCGCGUUGCGGGGGGACGGGAUGAAGAGCGCCAAGCUCGAGGUGGAGGCGCUGCUGCAGCGGGAGGGGAUGCGGGUUCUACUGUACGAGGGGGUCCGUGACCUGCGCGACGGAGUGGCUUCAGCGGAGGCGUGGCUGGAGGAGGUGGACUGGGACGGGAUAGCCGCGUUCCAGGAAGCCGAGCGCGCUGUGUGGCGCACCGGCGGCGAACGAGGGGAGGAGCUCGCCGGGUACGUGCAGAGGCACGGCGCGCUGGCGCACGUGGUGGUGUACGGUACCGGGCACUUCGUGCCGGCGGGCAAUGGCCGCGCGGCGCAAGAGAUGAUUGAGGGUUGGGUGUCCCAGACGGGAGUGUUUGGUAGCGGCAACAACGGCGACCGUGUACUCGAGACCGGUGGCGACAGCCGGCACGCCGUCAUAUGAUUAAGCUUGUAAAGACCACGGGUCUGACAGUUCUGAACACCAUUCGUAAGAUAAAAUAGCAAUGCAACUUUGCAACGGAAAAGUAAAUAUUUUUUAUCCGAA